AUGUUCAUAGCUAAGCACUACAUCGGUAAAUGGCUGUUAAUUAUUAGCCUUCCAUUGUUCGGGGCGACCGAAGAGGCCGCACAGCAGGAGAAUGUCACCACCACCUCAGAGGCAACAACCCUUACGAGUAAGACGGAGGAGCAGACUUCGGAAAGUACACUAAAGGUGGUGGAGUUAUCGACAACAAUGGCUGCGCCGAUUUUAAAUUCAUUUGAGACGACUGUAGCGCCAGAUCCGACAACUACGACAACCGAGCCGAGCAAGACACUGAAACCAGUGCUGGUCCGCAAUGUGCCGCUCUCCAAGCCAGAGGAGAACACUUACGACAGCGGGUAUCCCUCCAACAACAAUGAGAUGCCAUAUGUUGCGGCCCUAUUCUUCUCGACCCAGUCCCACAAAUGGUUCUGCGCUGGCACUAUCCUAUCAAAGGGCUGGAUCUUGACCACCGCCUCCUGCACCACUUACGCCGAUUACGUCAAAAUUAGUCUCGGCGCAACGAAGCGUUCGAAGCCUAAGUUGGUGAUGUACGUCACCAGCAGGGCCUUCCACAUGCAUGACCAUUACGAUAAGAAGAAAUAUCGGAAUGAUAUUGCACUCAUACAAGUACCGGCUUUGUCUUUUUCGCGAAGCAUCAAGCCCGUUACAUUGCCCAAAACUUCACUUUAUGAUGAAGAUGUCGCAGAAUUGUGGACAUUCUCGGCCGGCUGGGGCCUUCACAAUGAGACUGAGGAGAGCACCGAAGAAUUGCACAUCACACAAAUCCAGGUGCUGCCCAACGAGGUCUGCUUUAAGACGCGCUAUGGCAAAGCUAUUUCAGAGGGCAUGCUGUGCGGCCUUCCCCCGAACAAGGGCGCUACCUGCCGCCUCGACUCUGGCAGUCCCAUGGUGCUCCAGGACGACACUUUGCUCGUGGGCAUCGCCUCGUUUGCCAACCAGCACGGCUGCAUGUCCCGCACCCCGAUUAUUUAUACGAAAAUACUGUCCUACAUAAGUUGGAUAUCAAGUACGGCGGGCAUUUCCGUAUCGUAA